CGUCCAUCGUCCAACGUUUCACAUUUUUCUCUUCUAACACAUUCUCCCUCCGCUCUUUGCAUCGUUCUUGAUGUCUGCUUCUCAAUGGCAGAUUCAAAUACUCUAGGAAUGCGCACAAGGUCCCACCCCCCCCUUCCGGAAUCUACUUUACAGCUCGAUCGUUCACCACUGAAGGCAGCCAGAACCGCUCUACGAAACCAAAUCGUACGCUCCACAGAGACUGAAGAUGGAGAGUCCGAUGAAGACCCUAUACUUUUAUCUCCAACCAAGAACACAAGUACCUCACACAAGCGCGCUCUAGAAUCACCACUAAAUUCUCGUUAUAAACGAUUCAAGUCUUCUGAGGCCGAGCCAAGUACUCCAGUCAUCCGGACGAACGGAAAACCUUUACACUCUCGCCACCUGUCGGACAGCAUGGCAGUUGAAAAGAAGGGCAUAACAAAGCGCUCUGCACCACCUUCGUCCCGGAAUGUGCCAGCCUUGGCUAGUCAAAAGCCUCGAGCAAAGUCCGUUCCCGUUUUCCCAUCACCACCGUCUAUUCCCUCCAUCGAUUUCAGGAAUCCUCCUCUUUCCCCCACUCGCUGUCGCUCACGUUCCCCGGAAAAACGUGAACCGAAGCUCGACAUAACUUAUGUAAAGAUGGCGACAACACUCGAUCCUAUUCCUGAUGAGAAAGAAUCGGCAAUGGACGUGGAUACGCUUACCCCGCAACGUACCCAGUGCUCAAGUAAUGAGCAAGGCAGUCCACUCGUUUCGUUCGCCGAUGUCACGCCUGAACCGCCCGAUCACUUCACACAUUCUCACACAGCUGAGGAAACUACAACCGUCUCACCUCCAAAUGGACCUUCCACUCCCUCACUAGCUUUCCCGGAGCCUAUGUCUCCCCUCACACCCCUCGUUGAAACCCCGGCACCUUUCGAAAAACUUGGAAUGCAGUCUCGAUACCUAGCGGGGGAUGGUUGGGGAGUUACCCUCGAGCCUCAAACUUUCAUUCCUACUACCCCCACUCCCACUACUCGUGCUAUUGACGCUGGCAUCGUCACUACCACGACCGCGGACACUCCGGUCCGAACUCUAAGACCGAGUCGCGUUCCCUUAUUAAAGAAAAUCAACACCGCUUCCUCUACAGGUCCCCCUCCGACAGCCGCUUCUACCUCUAAAUCUGUUGCUGUGACAGGUAAAAAGACCGAUGCGCGUAAGGAUGCCUUUUCAGUGCUCAUGAGUAACCGGCAACCAAUGACAAAGAAGGGAAAGGAGAAGGAGGAGCUCAACAAGAACAAGAGAACGUCAUUAAAGAGUGCUGGGAAUAUGAAUAUCAGUAAAGUCACUGAUGCCCAGGACUCCGGAUUGAAGGAGGCGAGAAGACCUUCUACCGUCAAGUCGAAGAUGAAAGCCCGGACUAAGCCACAGGAACCCCGCGUAAUUCCAACCUUUGCGGAUGAUGAAGAGGAACAAGAGCUCGAGAUGAACAAACAGGAUGUCCUUCCUGAUUCGCGUCAAAUUCCAGAUGAAUCGCCCAUGGUAUCUCCUGCGGCCGUAGAUGAACCAACUCUGAUAUUACCUUCGUCUCCUCCGACUUCUCUCUUCUCGGUAGAUCCUCAUGUGGAAGACCAUGAAUCGCCUAUUACAGCACGAGAACCGGUGGCAAACGAUAGGUGUUCUUCAUUGUUUUCUUUGAGUGAUGAAGAGUCCAUCCAAGGUCCACUCGAUCCCGAAGCUUCGAAUGUGGGGUCAAUGCCUCUUAACACGCUAGACCCUGAGUCAAAACCGACCAGCUCCAUGGAUAUGAACCCGGGGAAUGCGCCAGGGGACCUCAUUGAAGCUGUAGCGAUUGCUCCUCCCGAGACCAUUGGAGUAGAGGAGGACAUGUCCCCUACCGGCAAAGGCAAAACAAGGCAGGGUCCACGCAAGAAAGCGGAAGGGGACGCAAUUCGUCGGCCUACUCGUGUUACACGGAGCGCGUCCUCGAGACGACAUGAAAUCGAAAUCGAGGCCUCUACGACACGUAAUCCAUUGCCCGCAGAAACGCCCCCGAGCACUCGAAGUCGAGGGGAAAAGACCAGUUCUAUAGAGACCAAUGAUCUAGAUGCGACGAAUCUCGCUUCGAACACGGAGGUUUCGGCUGCGAAUGAAAAGAUUCCUGUUCCUAUACCCGAACUCCUUGAUCGGCCUGGUAGUGCUCCAAGUUCGGAGCUUUCUGCCCCGCCUUCAGACUCUGAACACGAACCCGAGUCCGACGUCCUUCAGCCCUCCGCGUCUUCCAAGUCCAUAAGGUCGCAAUUGCCGGUGAAGUCAAAGUUAGCACCUUCUUCCUCACUGGCACGGGCGACGCAAGCUAGUCUUGCUCGAGCAGCUUUGCCGAAAACUCCUCCAAAAUCAAGAUCGGCUUCACCAUCCAAGCUCCCCAGGUCAUCGUCAAUGUUUGCACGUCUUGAUGACGGCCAGAACUCACGGCCCGAGCUUGCUGUCGCCGGUUCUUCGUAUGUCGCUUUGGAGAACGUCCUUGAUAAACUCCGGGAGGCCCCACCUUCCCGACCGAACACUAGCAUGGGGUUUAACCGCAAUAAUCCGGGGGAUGAUUCUGAUGUUCAGAUGCAGAGCAAAGACGAUGCUUCGGUUGACAGGAGUACGUUGGGGAUCGGACGUCCCAACAGUGCCACUUCUUCGAAGUCCAGUCUUCCCGUGUUUAAGCGUCCGGCUCCUGUUUCAAAAGACUUCCGAGGAAUCUUCAUGCAGUCUGGUAGGGGCCCGAUUGCGAAUAGGAAACAGGGCGCCAUUAUGCGCAGUGGGCCGAGCAUCUAUGAUCGUAUCGCAGGAGGUGCUCGAGGACAAAAAGCGAGUCAAAAAACUGCCCUUCCGACUGUAAUUGGUAGUCCUGCGAAAGGUGGUAGCGCAGCGAUGAUUGAAGACGAUAUUGUUAUGGGCGAUGCUGAGGCUGGCCCAUCGAAUGCACAAGGGGACCUCACGCUUGCCGAUAUCACGAUGCCGGACACGGACAUGGAGGCAGAAAGCUCUAGUAAAGGAAAGACAAAGGCGCGGGAAGACAAGUCGAGACGGGCAUCAAUGGCGUUGCAUGCACUCUCACAAUCUCUGAAUGAUAUCUCUGCUGCUAAGGCAGCAGAAGCGAUGCAACCGCCCACUCCUCCCCGUCGUGCAGGACUCAGAAGCUCUAGCAGUACUUACCCUUCAUCGUCCUCGGGUAAGAAUGCAGGAGAUAGCAAAAAGGACAUGCCUGCACCGAGACUCUCGAUCCUUAGCAAUUGUAAAGUGUUUGUUGACUACAGAAGUGAGGACCCACUUGUGGCGGAAACCUGGGUGCAGAUGCUGAAGGAUUUGGGUGCCCGGAUCAUGACCCGUUUGGGGCCGACUUGUACUCAUAUACUUUGGAAAGACGGGCUCUCUAGCACAAUCAAUCGUUAUCGUUUAUUGAACGAUCCUAAACCUUUUGUAGUUGGCAACAACUGGGUUGUUUCAUGCGCACAAGAGUCGAAGCGCGUGGACGAGACCGAGUUCUUGGUGGAGCUGAAUGACUAUACGUUCGCAGCUGCGGGACACAAGCAACGACGAAAAUCCAUGAUACCCAAGUUCGUGGCUAACUAUGGUGACGAUGAUACUACGGAGGGAAUGGGAACCCAAGAUGUGGAUGUUUCAAUGGAUUCUAAUACUUCUAUAUCAAAUGACCUGACACCAUUGGAGAGGGCCCGAAUGCGACAGAGUAUGAGGACGUAGCCCCCCGGUUUUCUGACGAUUUUAUGACAUUUACGGCUCUUGCAUACAUUUUUUUCCGUCACUUUCUCGUGACUGCUUCGCUACCAAAUGGCAUAUGUACAUAUUUCAUUAUUUCGUGGUCUAUGGUUCGUUUUGGUCUUCUCUGUGUUUCGACCAUGUAUCAAAAUAAAUAAGUCCCUCAGG